AUUUACAGUACGAAGCGCGAACAGACGUGUGCUAACUUUUGUCUCUUAAAAAGUGAUUAAAUAAAGACAUUAUUAAAUAUAAAAAUAAUAAAAAUAGCAUUGUUAUAAAUUUAUCAAUAACAAAUAUCAAAACGAUGGAUUUAUCCGAUAUAGACGAAGAGUACACCGGUUUUGCAAAUUUAAAUUACAAAAAUAAUUACAAUUGUGAUUUAUCUUCUGAUGAAAAUGAUUCUCAUAAUUAUAAUAAAAAUAAACAAAAAUCUUCAAUGAAAAAAAAUAAUAAAAAUGUCUUAUCAUCACCUGAAAUUCCGACCAAUAAAGCAAGAUCUAGAAAAAAGAAAACUACAGUUGUUAAUGAAGAUAAGGUUAGAGAAAAAAAGGAAGCGGCUAGAGUUAAAUUAGAAUUGAAGUUAGAAAAAAAGAGGAUUAAAAAUAUUGAACCAGGUGAAUGUUUAAAAUUUAUUACAGUUAAUUUUCACAAUGAAAUUUGUAAAUUUGAUUUUUAUAAUGAAACUCUGUCAAUUUUGGAUUCGUCAUCUGUUAAAUAUUCCACUAAAUAUUCAUCAGUACCCAAUAGUAUUUCUUGGACAAGAACAAUUGAAAAUUAUUCACUAGAUUAUGACAAUAAAAUUAACACAUCAACAAUUGAAGUUAAUCAAAAAUAUUUAUUAAUUAUUUGGAAUUGGGACAAAGUUAUACAGCUGAUAAAUGAUAAAUUAUUUGUGUCAUCUGUAACUUCUCUCUGUAAUUCUUCAGCUAAGAUGAAUUUAACUUUAGUAAUUUACGGAGUAGAAAAAUAUUUUGAGUAUCAUGAAAGUAAAGGCAAAAAAAAGGCCAAUAAUAAAUUAUACGAGUCUAUUGAUAAUGUUCCUAAAGUAUCCAGAAAAGUAUUUGAAGUUAAUUUAAUUCAAAUUCAAUUACAAGCUAAGUGCAAUAGCAGACUCAUUGAUGAGGCUGCUGAUAUGAGCUUAUUAAUUUAUCAGUACACUAAAUCAAUUGCUGAAAUUCCGUAUAAAUUGGAGAUGGAUAGUAAAUUAAAUGAUCAAUUGGAUUUUUUUGCUAGUGGGGAUAACAGGAAUACUAUUCAAGUUGAUAAAGAAGGAUAUGGAUUAAAAAAAUUGUGGUUGAAGCAACUCUGUAUUUUUAAUAACUCGAGUUUAGCUGUUGCUGAUGCUAUUUCUUCUGUCUAUCCGAGUCCUCAACAAUUAAUUGAAGCUUAUUCAAAUUGUUCCCGUGAAGAUGGAGAAAAUCUUUUGAAAGAUAUUCCGAUUAAAAGAUCAAUAACUUCAACUGCAGCAUCGAGAAAACUUGGACCCGAGCUUAGUAAAAAAAUUUACACAUUAUUUACAUCUAAAAACGGAGAACAACCCAUUCAAAUUGAUAAAUAGCCAAAAAUUGCACGUCAAGAAUCAUAAGAAAUAGAGAGAGAGAAGAGAGCAGCAAUGUUUUUCGAAAUGAUUAGUUGGUUUGUCAGUUAUGACGGUUAUCACCAAUAAAAACGCUUGGUGUACUAGCCCAUAUAUAUACAUGCACACAUAUAUGUAUACAGACACAUAUAUAGAUUAAGUAAAUUAAGAUAAUAUAUUUAUUUGUUAAAAUUGUAUAGAUACUGUAUAAAAUUAAAACAUACGAAUAGAUAUUCGUCAAAGUGUGACAAAUGGCAACAUAGUUAUUUUGUAAUUGAUUGUGUUGGUGAAUUUCUACAUUGAGACUUCCUGUUCAUGGCGAUGCUCCAGCGUCGUUCAUCGUACUAA